GGGAAGGUUAGGCAGUGGUGUCCUGACUCUCGGAGGGAUAGUACGUGUGUCUUUCGCCUCCGCACUCCCUCCUCGGGGCUCUCCGUCUCUCCCAGUGAAAGUAUUGCCGUGAAGAUAAGGUGACGUGCUGACUUGUGUUGCGUGCGGCUCUCAACUGGUCCUGGACGCUGUGUUGGUGGUGUUGCAGGCCCACGAGUGUUGCAAGACGAGGUUUUGAGCCGAGAAACACACACACACACGCACAUACUGACCCUGGCUGACACACACACACGCACACACGUAAGCCGAAGUCCACUGGAAUUAGAGCGACUGUGAAUGCAUUUUUAAUCCUGUGACCUUAUUAGCUUCGGUUUCUCUCUCUAAUUUACUCUCUCUACUCUCUCUACUCUCUCUCUCUCUCUCUCUCUCUCUCUCUCUCUCUCUCUCUCUCUCUCUCUCUCUCUCUCUCUCUCUCUCUCUCUCUCUCUCUCUCUCUCUCUCUCUCUCUCUCUCUCUCUCUCUCUCUCUCUCUCUCUCUCGGCGGUAAUGUUCCAAGGAAUUUUCACCUGACUGACGCGUGAAAGGAACACUGCAACAUUCACGGUCGUAUUGAUGGUGUACAGUGACGACCUGAUGGUGACGAUAGUGACGCUCCUCAUGUUCGUUCUGCAGUGAUAUGAUCAUCAAAUCCCAUCGCCAUGUUGCUCUCCGCCUUGGCUACACUGCUCGUACCUGUGCUGGCGGCAGAUGUCGUGAAUCCCGUGGGGGUCAACUGGAGAGGGGGAAGUGUAGCCACCACCUCGACGACCACCACCACGACCUCGACCACGACCGGCGCCACAUCGACCAGCACGACCACUGAGGACCAACAGGAUCGGUCUCUGUACCCCGACCAUCCUUUCUUCGAUUACCAGGAGUCCUCGAAUAUCACGGCGCUGCUGGGGAAGACGGCGGUGCUGAACUGUCGAGUGAAAAACAUUGGCAACAAGACGGUGUCAUGGAUCCGCCACCGCGAUGUGCACCUGCUGGCCGUGGGCGGGUUCACCUACACCUCCGAUGACCGCUUCACCGCCCGCCACGCCGCCGCCUCCCAGGACUGGCUGCUCAUGAUACACUACCUGCAGGAGCGGGACGCCGGCCUCUACGAGUGUCAGAUAUCCACCACGCCGCCCAAGAGCCACCUCAUCCACCUGUCUGUCGUGGAGCCCGAGACCGUGAUCGCCGGUGGCCCUGACGUUUACAUCAACACCGGCAGCCGUCUCACUCUCACCUGCAGCGUCCUCUACAGCCCUGAGCCGCCCGCCUUCAUCUUCUGGUACCACGACGGAAAGUUGGUGAGCUACGAACGCACGCGCGGCGGGGUGGAGGUCUCAACAGAGCGCGGCGCUGAGACGACCUCACGGCUGCUGGUCCAGGACGCGCGCCCCCGCCACUCCGGCCGCUACACCUGUGAGCCCGCCAACUCCAAGCCCCGCAGCGUCAACGUCCAUGUUAUAGCCGGUGACCAGCCGGCAGCCAUAGUCCACGACAAUGGCGGAGGAACAAUCUCUCUCCACCCCUUCCUCCCUUGCCUCCUCCUCCUCCUCCUCCUUCCUUUCCAGCUCCUCCUCCUCCUCCCUUCUCCUCUCCCCACCUCACCCCCCUCGACAUCCACUCUCGUCCGGAUUUAGAUAUAUAAGCUUGUGUCAGUAUGUGUGUGUGUGUGUGUGUGUGUGUGUGUGUGUGUGUGUGUGUGUGUGUGUGUGUGUGUUUUAAACGUCAAUUUAGAUGCUGUAAAAAUAUGCCUUUCGUAUUCUGAUUCAUGUUAAUUCUAGCGUGUGUGUGUUUGUGUGUGUGUGUGUGUGUGUGUGUGUGUGUGUGUGUGUGUGUGUGUGUGUGUGUGUGUGUGUGUGUGUGUGUGUGUGUGUGUGUGUGUGUGUGUGUGUGUGUGUGUGUGUGUAAAUAUCUAGCACCAGAUUACACUACCUGCCCUAAAGACUCAUGUAUAUAUUCAUGUAUGUAUGUAUGUAUGUAUGUCGUUUUAUGUACGUAAAUUAUUCUAAGUACCGUAUAUGUAAGUGGAAGUGCGUUUUUUGCCGUGUGUGUGUGUGUGUGUGUGUGUGUGUGUGUGUGUGUGUGUGUGUGUGUGUGUGUGUGUGUGUGUGUCGAGGCUUCGUGAGCACCUAGAAUGACGCACAUGAGGAGAUUAGUUGACACGCUCCCGUUCUUAUUUAUAUAUAACGUGUGUGUGUGUGUGUGUGUGUGUGUGUGUGUGUGUGUGUGUGUGUGUGUGUGUGUGUGUGAAAAAUGAAAAUAUAAAUGUAAGAAGCACAGCCACUUUCAUGAUUAUGUCAACGACGACGUGAAAGUUUUUAAUACACUUAACGCGCACAAUGUUUUUAUUCUUUUUUUAUUUUUAAGAGGCAAUGAGAGAGAGAGAGAGAGAGAGAGAGAGAGAGAGAGAGAGAGAGAGAGAGAGAGAGAGAGAGAGAGAGAGAGAGAGAGAGAGAGAGAGAGAGAGAGAGAGAGAGAGGACAAGAAUGACAUACCACGCCGCUUAGAGUGUAAAACAUAGGCCUAAAUUCCUGAUUGUAUACUUUUUCUUUGUAUUUACGUUUGAGGAGGCGCUCAUUAUGUAUUCCGAUCCUCCUUAGUCGGCUUCAACACCGUAAAAGUUGUUCAAAGAGUGUUGGAGCGCCUUACGUUGUGUUGCCGCUGCUCCUGUUGUGUUGUUGUUGUUGUUGUUGUGUUGCUGUUGUUGUUGUUGUUUUCAUCCUCUGGCGGUGUUUGUGAUUCGAGGCCUCCCGUCAUAAGUGUUGUUUGUGUUCGUUUGCCGGCGGUGUUUGUCGAGUGUUUGUUGUUUGUUUGUGUUGAGUAAUGACACGCGGAUGGUCACGAUUGGACGGUUCCCCCUCACCCUCACCCUCAUCAUCAUCAUCAUAUUCAUCAUUAUUAUUAGUAUUGGUACAUCAGUUUGCCCCGCGCACCAAACACAGUUAUCGCCAUCCUCGUGACAACAACAACAACAACAACAACAACAACAACAACAACAACUUGAAAAACUACUGCUGUCACUGCUACACUUUUUUAAAACAUCACCUCAACCACUACUACUACUACUACUACUACUACUACUACUACUUCUACUACUAAUACUAAUACUAAUACUAAUUCUGCUACUACUACUACUACUACUACUACUUCUACUACUUCUACUACUACUAAUACUAAUUCUACUACUACUACUAUUACUACAACUAUUAACUAACUAACUAACGAAAAUUGCAAGACAGGCAGGUAUUUUUACACUUAUAAUUAUUUACCACCACCACCACCACCACCUCCACCACCACCGCCAACACCACCACCACCACCACCUCCACCUCCACCACCACCGCCAACACCACCACCACCGCCACCACCUCCACCUCCACCACCACCGCCAACACCACCACCUGCAACAUAAUCAUAUCCCAGCCGUGUGUUGUCUUGAAAAACGAGGAAGCUCAAGAAAAUAUAUAAUUGUUAGUCUGCAAUUAUUUACGAAACAUGAACCCUGUAAUAUUUUUUUUUUCUUCCUUUCCUUUCCAUUGUGAGGCUACCACGCUCCUCGAAUUACAAUUGUUAUUAUUACUGUUAUUAUCAUUUUUGCUCGUGUCGGUGGUAUUAUUUUUCAGCCUCUAUUGUUUCCGCCCCCAAAGAUUGAGUUUUUACGCCCUGACCUGACCUGAUUUCCCGGUUCCAGUCACAUUUCACAAAGGUUCUAAUUGUUUUUAGCUUUGAUUUCGAACGAUUCCUUUACCCCCUUCUGGAAAUCCUUUUAUUCUUUAUCCCGCCUUUCUUGUGUGGGAACGAACCUGCGCCAAAUGAAUUUUAGCGAGAAAGCCGCCGAGAAAAGAAUGGGUACGGAGGGAACAGGGUGCAAAAUAACGCCGGAAAACCGCGGGAAAGAAAGGUGUUGACGCUUUCCCGGUCCUCCUCUGUGCGUGCGUGGCUGGCGAUGGAAAAACGUGAAGGGAGAGAACGAUGGAAAAUGUGAGGGAGAGAAUGAUGGAAAAUGUGAAGGGAGAGAAGGAUGGAAAAUGAGAAGGGAGAGAAUGAUGGAAAAUGUGAAGGGAGAGAAAGAUAGAAAAUGUGAAGGGAGAGAAGGAUGGAAAAGGUGAAGGGAGAGAAGGAUAGAAAAGGUGAAGGAAGAGAAGGAUAGAAAAGGUGAAGGGAGAGAAGGAUAGAAAAGGUGAAGGGAGAGAAGGAUAGAAAAUAUGAAGGGACGGAAGGAAAGAAUGAAAUAUAGAGGAAAACAUGACACGUGGAAAAAGAGAAGAAAAAAUAGAAGGAAGAGGUAUUAAAGGUGUCUGAUACUCGUUUGUUAGUAUGUUCGUAAGAGGUGAUAGAAAAAUGUGAAGGGAGAGAAUGAAAGAAAGGGGGAAAGAGGAAAACUUGACACGUGUUGAUAAAAAAUAAAAUGAAAAUAAAAUAAAAUAAAAUAAAAAGACAAGGAAGAAUUAUUGAAGCUUUCUUAAGAAGAUACUCGUUUGUAAGUGCGUCCGUGAGUGGCGUUAAAAAUUCUCAAGGUACAAAAGGAGGACAGAAAAAGAGAGAAAGAGAAGAAGAAAGAGAGAAGAAGAAAACUUAUAAAUUUUUCCCCCCGAUAAAAAAAUACUGACAAAGAGAAGGACACAGACUCCUACCUGUUACAAAGUCUUCAAUUAACCAACAGGUGUGAGUUAGCUAGUGAGUGCCUGGUGUACAGAGAGAGAAAGAAUGUUGAAACGUGGAAGAAGAAAAAACAGAUCUCUUUUUUCCCCCGAUAAAAGGCACACAAAGAACAGGACGUUGACUCUUACCUGUUAAAAGUAUCACCCUAAUCAAUCGAAAGGUGUAAAGGUGUGUACAGAAAGAGAGAGAGAAUGUUGAAACGUGCAAGAAGAAAAAACAGAUCUCUUCCUCCCAAGAUAAAAGGUAGACAAAGAACAGGACAUGGACUCUUACUUGUUAAAAAUCUCAGCCUAAUCAAUUGAAAGGUGUGAGUUAUUUAGUGAAAGAAAAAGUAAAUACUGACACAUGCAAGAAGAAAAAUAACUGACCUAUUCUUCCCCCGAUAAAAGACAGACAAAGACCAGAACAUAGACUCACCCUUUACAAAGUUCUAGCGUAAUGAAGCGACGCCGUGAGUUAGUGAGUGGUGGAUGUACAAAAAGAAAAUAAUAGAAAGAAAACCCUGACACGUGAGAGAAGGGAAAACAGACCUAUUCCCUAAAUACAAGAUAAACAAAGAACAGAACAUAGACUUUUACCAGUGUCAAGGUCUUCGUGUAAACAAGCGACAGGUGAGAUUUAAUUAGUUGGUCUUGUAAAGGUGUUGAAAAGGUGUUGAAAAGUUGGUGUUGACGCGUGUGGGCAACAAAGGCGUUAAUGGCAUUACAAGGAAACUAAUAGAAACUUGGACCCAACUUUCGUCAACGCAGGAAAAAUGUUUAUAUCGAAAGAACGAACGAGGAAGUCAAGUUUAAGUGGAUUAGAUAAAAAGGGAAAAAAACUAAUAAAAAUAAACUUAGAAAUAAUUAGAGCAGGCAAAUAAAAGGAAAAAAUAUGAUAAAGCCUCAGGUGGUAAUUAUUUAAAGUGGAGUAGAGGAAAAUAGGAAGGAAAUAACUGAAAUGUGAAAAAAGGGAAAAAAAUAAUAAAAAUAAACUUUGAAAUAAUUAGACCCGGAAAAUAAAAGGAAAAAAUAUGAUAAAGCCUCAGGUGGUAAUUAUUUAAAGUGGAGUAGAGGAAAAUAGGAAGGAAAUAACUGAAAUGUGAGAAAAAGGGGAAAAAAUAAUAAAAAUAAACUUUGAAAUAAUUAGACCCGGAAAAUAAAAGGAAAAAAUAUGAUAAAGCCUCCAGGUGGUAAAGUGGAGUAGAGGAAAAUGUAAAGGAAAUAACUGAAAUGUGAGCAACAGUUUAAAAAAAAAGCAAACAAAUUUAGAAUGGAAAAAAGAGACAAAACAAAAAGAACCAGAACGUAGAGUGUAGUAAAGGGGAAGUGAAAAACGCGGACGUGAAUAAAGAGAAAAAAUAUUGACGGAGGAAAAAUGAAAUGAAUUUAGAAGAGAAAAAAAAAAGAUGGAGUGUGACGAGAUAGAGAAAAAAAAAAAGAAAAAAACAGGCAACGCAAUAAAGUAUAGAUGAGAAAUAGAAAUAGAAAAUAAUGAAAAUAAAUCCAGUAGAGUCAACUACAAAAAAAUGCAAAAGGAAAACAAAACAAAAAAGAAAAAAGAAGGAUAAAUCGUAGAGAAACAAAACAAACAAACAAACACAGACAGACCUUGAGACGAUAAAUCCGGAACAACAACAACAAAAAAAAAAGAUAAAAGAAGAAAAACAAAUGGUGAAUGAAAGCUUCGAAAAAAAUGAAAAAAUAAACAGAUUGAUGGCAUGUUUGAAGAAUUUUGAAGCAUUUAUCGAGAACUGUGUGUGUGUGUGUGUGUGUGUGUGUGUGUGUGUAGAUUAAAAGCCAGUUUUUCCACGUAAUUGCUGUCCUCGGGCUCAAAAUAGGAAGAGUGAAAAAGAGACGAAAAAAAAAAAAAGCGUUAAAAGCAAAAGAGUGAGUGAGUGACUGAGAGAUAGUGACUUGGCGAGUGUGUGAAAGAGUAUGUGAGUGAGUGAGAGAGAAUGAGUAACUAGCCUGUGUGUGAGAGAAUGGGUGAGUGAAUGAGUGCAUAGAUGAGAGAGGAAAUGAGAGUGAGUAAAUGGGUGACUGUGUUGAAGAGUGAGCGAGUGAGUGAGAUAAUGAGUAACUGAAUGAACAAGAAUGAAUGAUAAUGAAUAAGUGAGUAAGUGAGUGAGAUUGGGUGUGUGAGUGAGAUGAUGAGUGACUGAACGAAUGUAUGAGACUGUGGGAAACAAUACGAGUGAGUGAGAAUGAGUGACAAUGAGUAAAUGAGUGAGUGAGUGAGACAUGAAGCUUCGAAACACUGACUUGGACGACUGCUUCACUUCACUUGGCUACGGUUCAGCGGUCAGACAAAUGAUUAAUGAAUGUCCGGAGUUCAUUACAGGAAGAGGAGAGAAGGGGAGUGCUCGAAAUGACGAUGCUGGGGAUGUAAUGAGAAAAUGGGAAAUAUAGGAAGAGGAGAGGAGGAGAGUGAUGAUGAUGACGAAUGAUGGGCGUUGGUAAUGAGAAAGGGAUAACGAGAAGAAGGAAUGUUAAGGAAGAGGAAGAUAGUAGUGGAAAUGACGAUGAUGGCGUUGGUAAAAAGAAAGGAAUAACGAGAAGAAGAAAAUAAAGGAAGAGGAAGAUGGCAAUAGAAAUAACGAUGAUAGUGUUGGUAAUGAAAAAAGGAGAACGAGAAGAAGAAAAAUUAAGGAAGAGGAAGAUAGUAGAGGAAAUGACGAUGAUGGCGUUGGUAAUGAGAAAAGGAAAACGAGAAGAAGGAAAUAAAAGAAGAGGAAGAUGGCAAUAGAAAUAACGAUGAUAGUGUUGGUAAUGAAAAAAGGAGAACGAGAAGAAGAAAAAUACGGAAGAGGAGGAUAGUAGUGGAAAUGACGAUGAUGGUGAUGAUAAUGAGAAUACGAAGAAAAGAAACACGUGGAUAAGAGAAAGAAAGUUAAUUGAAGGAAGAGAAGAAUGCGUAUAGUGGUAGAAAUGAUGAUGAUGACGAUGAUGAUGACGAGAGAACUGAACACGGAGAGAAGAGAAAAAAUAACAAGAACAAGAACUACUAAUAUUAACACAAGUACAAAAAAAAAAACUGUGAACGUUAAAAAAGAUAACGAAGCAGAAGAAAAAGAAUAACAGCAAUGAACAUGAGCAAAAAAAAAUAACGAUAAUAAGAUCUAAAAAAAAAAAAAAGGAAAUUAGAAGAAAACGAGACGAAGAAGAAAAACAGGAAACGAAAACGAGGAAAAUAAAGAAAAUAAAAACCACAACAGAAAGGAAAUGAAGACCCACGCAAUAUCCUCCUCCUCUUACUCCUCCUCCUCCUCCUCCUCCUCCUCCUUCUUCCUUCUUCUCCUCCUCUUCUUCCUACUCCUCCUCCUCCUCAGUCUCCUCCUUUUCCUUCUCCUCCUCCUUCUCCUCCUCCUCUUCCUCCUUCGAACCCGUGCAAGCGAAUCAGUGAGCGAGUCUGAGUCAAGUGGUUCGAGGUCUCACAGUGAGUGGUUCGAAUCCUGACAUCCUCGACCGUUACCAAAAAUAAAAAUAAAACAAAAAAAAUAACUUAGUGAAGACAAUAAAAAUAUGACCCUCAGUUCCGAGCAUUGUGGUUUAGCCAAGUUUUAUAUUUGUACAAUGUGACUUUAUAAAUACUUAAGAUAACGACAAAAAAAAAGAAGGUUAGGUUCGUCUCUGUACAUAAGCCUAGAGAGAUAUGUGCAAAUAAAUGUAUGUGCGUG